AUGGUGAACGACGACUCGGCUGAAGCUGCUAACAACAACCAUGUUAAAUUGUCUGAAACUCAGCUUAUACAAAACGAAUUCGGUGCUCCUUUGGAAGAAUGUUACAAGCUGGCCGUAAGGUUCUAUAAAGGUUGCCAUAUGAAAUGCUUUUCAAAUUUAGAGAAGGAGAAAUCAGGAGAUUUGGUAAUGUCGUACCACGAUCGCGUGAAGUUGAUGGCCCUUAACAAGCAGGUGCGUUCCGGAUUCAAAUUUGAUCGAUUUGCUUUAUGUCUCGAUUUAAUUGUCACAUGA